CCGAAGGACGCACCGGGUCCGGGAUCCGCCGCUCCAGGACGCACCGGGACGCACCAGGACGCACCGGGUCCGGGAUCCGCUGCAGCCGGACAGACGGACGCAGAGACCCGGGACACUCGGGGUCUCAUCUGUUUCGGAUCUUUUUGUGCUUUUCUUUCUUUGUUGGACCCGGACUGGAGGUUUGCGCGUGUCGGACCUGGUUCUUAUGACACCUGAGACCUGAGCGCGUGGAGGGGGUCCAGGCUGCGGUCUGCCGGACUGAUUGAUUGACAGCUGAUUGACUGCGGGCGGGUCAUGUUCAGGACCGUGUAGGGUCUGUGGAUCCGGAUCUCAUCAUGGACCCUGUUCCGCCGCUGCUGGUGCUGAUGCUGAUGAUGAUGAUGGUGAUGAAGACGAUCGGCGGCAGAGAAACGCAGACGCACGGCGAGCGCUCGGUUUACGGACGAAGCAAACGAUAUGCCAUCAACCCCCUGGGACACAAGUGGACGCAUCACAACAUCACCUACAGAAUCACCAAGUUUCCCAACACCCUGAACGUUGAUGACACCAGGAAGGCCAUCAGCAUCGCCUUCACCAAGUGGAGCGACGUUUCACCGCUGACCUUCACCGAGGUUACGGACGCCAACGCCACCGCAGACAUCACCAUCGGUUUCUACACCUUCAAUCACACCGACUGCUGGUGGUCUCCUCUCCACCCCUGUUUCGAUGGUCUGAAUGGAGAACUUGCUCACGCCUUCCUGCCUCCACGAGGGGAAAUCCACUUUGACAAUCACGAGUUCUGGAUCCUUGGGAAGUCCAGGUUCAGCUGGAAACAAGGGGUGUGGCUGAACGACCUGGUCCAGGUGGCGGCUCAUGAGAUCGGUCACGCUCUGGGUCUGUGGCAUUCCAGAGAUCCACAGGCCCUGAUGCACCCGAACGCCACGUACACCGGCCAGAGGAACAUCGCCCAGGAUGACGUAUGGGGCAUCCAGAGGCUCUACGGAUGUCUGGAUAAGAAGCGGGUCUGCGAUCCCUGGGCUCGACUGGGAUUCUGUGAACGGAGGAAGACGUUCAUGAAGAAGAACUGUCCUCAGCGCUGUGACCUCUGCUACGAGCCUCUGGAAGCCGUUACCACGCCGACGCCGCCUCCGGCCAACGUCAAGAUCAAGAUGGUUCCCCGGGGGAAGGUGGUGGGUUUCCGCUGUGGAACCAAAAACCCCCGGUCACCGCCAAAAGUCAGCUGGUACAAGGACGGAGAACAGAUCCUGACCUCCAUCCCCGGGUACAUCAUCAUGAAGGACCGAGACCUCCGCAUCGUCGCCAACGAGUUCAACGAGGGCAUCUACACCUGCCGCAUCCAUCGCCGUGGUGACAUUGUGUCUGCCAACUCUUGGGCCAUCCGACUAAAGCCAGAGCAGCCAUCCAAUAGCUGAAGAUGUGGAUGGAGGGAUGGACUGAGACCGGACCUUCUCAGAAGAUCUGAUGUUGAAGAUGGAAUGGCUGAGGUUUGAAGGGUUUGGUCAACACGAGGUGCUUUCACUGGUAUAUGGUACAUCACAGAGACAUCAUGUCCUCAUAGUCCUGUAGGACAUCAUGUCUUCAUACUCCUGUAGGACACUCAGUACGUUUACAUACACACCUUAGUCGAGCUAUGACUAGUUCGACUAAACCGUUUAAUCAGACUGUUGUCUUUGUCUCCGUCUACAUGGACAGGAGUGUACUCCAUUUACUGUUGAAGUCAUGUCUCCUCCUCUAUGAUAGGUGGCGAUGUUCAGUCUUUCAGCUUGUUAACCUACGACGUCACAGACACAACAAUAGUCCAUAGUGAGUUAACAGUCUCCAACCCAGAGGUUAAACUGGAACCGUCAUGAAUAAUGUUGUAAAUCUGUUCAUAUGGUCCUUUGUUUCUGCUCUACUUCUUGUGCAGAUGUAUGAUGGGUCUGGGUUUGGGUCAGAACACCUGGUCCUGUUCCAGUUUGAUUGGUCUGUAUACAUGCAGGAGUAGAUCCACUUUAUUCACAUUAUCUGGGUGUGGUAGUCCCACUAGUAAAACUACGAUUUCAGUUGAGCUAAUGUUUACAUAUAGAUUUAAAGUUCAGUUUUAGUCAAACUAACGCAGUAAUUCAGUUUUGUCAUGUGUUGUGUAAAUGUAUUGAGUGUGUCCUCAAACUCCUGUGGGACAUCGUGUCCUCAUAGUCCUGAAGGACAUCAUGCUAAUGGGCUGCUGGUUACUGGGCUAGCAGGCUAGCAUAUCAGUUAGUAUGCUAGCAUUUCAUGAAAAAACUGUGAAAACAAAGCAAAGAAAACAAAACUCCUGCGUUCGUAGGUUCAGUAGUUAUUUUAAACGUCAGUAUUUUAAUCCCUGGUCCUUGUACGUGUAACAGGUCACAUGACUCAUAUUUCAGGUAUAGAUUCAACUCCACCUACAAUACGGUGUUAAACACUUCAUGUCAUCCUGUGGGAAUAAAACAUGAACAGUGUUAAAGGUUUAGUUUAAAACCGAGAAAGUCCAUAAAGGUGAAACAUGAUUCAGUAGAUUUAUAGAUGUUAUCCCACACCUGGAUCUGGUCCGAACACUCAGAGGAUUCAGGAUCUGAACCCUGGCCCCCUGGAUUCUGAAUCCACCACCACAGGCCAAGGGCAAAGACCUUUAUCAUGUCCCCACCGUGUCCCUGCAUGUCCCACAGUGCCCCCACAGUAUCUCCACCAUGUUACACCAUAUCCCACCAAACCAUGUCCCCACUGUGUCUCCACCAUGUCCUCCCAUGUCCCAUCAAGGCCACCACUGUGUCCCUACCAUGUUCCACCAUGUUCCACCAUGUCCCACUGUGUCCUACUGUGCCCCCACCAUAUUCCACUGUGUCCCCACUGUGUUCCACUGGGUCCCCACCAUGCUCCACCCUGUCCCCACUUUGGCCCUGCCGUGUCCACGUGGUCCUACAGGAGGUCACAUCCUGGACCUCUAAUCCUCAGAACAGGACAGUUUGUCUCCAUAUGGUGACUGAUGUCUAUGUCCACUGUUGUCUCUGUGACUUUACUGGUUUUACUGGUUUUGUGGAUCUACUGCCUCGACGUCUGUUUGGUUUGAACCUGUGACUGUUUACAUGAAAAGUUCACUGUGUUUUUUACUUUUUCCAUGAGGACAGUUUAGUGAGACACGAUGCAGGUCAGUUUGUUAAAGGUUAGUCAGGUCAGCGCCGAUGCUAAAGCAUCUUCUGUUUAUUAUUUGCUAACAGUCAUGUGUUUGUAGCUGUUUUUCAGUGUUUGUGUUCGAAUCCAACUCCAAUAAAAACCAACCAACACUUU